AUGCCGUAUUACAAUAGUGGACACAGUCCUUCCACCUAUAACAAAGAUGGAGGAUCGAGUGGUCCAUCGAGCACAUCUGGUGGCCGUGUGAGUAGUUCCGAGCCGACAUACAUGAUGGAGCAUUUGGCCACGUUCACGGUCACGAAGGAAACCGGUAUUGUUUAUCCAGCGGACGGUAUGCGGCGACUUUUGCAAUUGGAGAAGAGUAACGGCAUCUGGAGUCAAAAGAUGCAGCUCCGUCUGGAACGGAACUGGGUACUGAUUAUGGACAAUGAGACAGGGGCCGUCAUGGAGCGUUUCCCAGCCUCGUUGAUACAGGAACCGACCGCGUUCACGUCGAGGGAUCCUAUGGAGAUGUAUAACAACAUUCUCGUCUUCACAGUGGCGGAUGACAGUGGUUCCGGUCAACGGGCCGAAAUGCAUAUAUUCCAGUGUCAAAGUGUCUCGGCACAAGAUCUCGUCGAGGAUCUGAAGAUGCUGCAGAUGGGUAAACUGGUACCCGGUGGUUCUCCAAGAGGUCCAAGAGGACGUAUUCCACCGCCUCCCACUUUACCACCGCCAGAACCGCCCUUAAACGGGGUCAAUGUCCGAGAACAAGUAUCUGCAUUUAAUGCUAACAAUGCCGAUAGUCAAAAUGAUAUAUCUCGCGAGGAGAACAAUGACGAAGUGUCCUCGACAUCUUCCGAAAAGUAUGAACGCGACGUGACGAUCCUGAAUCACUGUUUCGAUGAUAUUGAAAAAUUUAUCGCACGUCUGCAAUACGCGGCGGCCGCCUCUAAAGAAUUGGAACGUCGAAGGCGCAAUCGAAAGUCGAAGAAAAGAAAUCUCGGCGACGGGAUGCUGACAAUGAGAGCCAAACCACCGCCAGAGAUGGAAUUCAUCGAUAUCUUUCAAAAAUUUAAGCUGUCGUUCAAUUUGCUGGCUAAGCUGAAGGCUCACAUUCACGACCCCAACGCCCCUGAACUAGUGCAUUUUCUCUUCACGCCGCUUGCUUUGAUCGUGGACGCAUCCCACGAUACUAAUUAUGAUCCUAACUUGCCGAGCAAAGUUGUCUCGCCGUUGUUGACUAGAGAAGCGGUAAAUUUGUUGAUUAACUGCGUCACAAGUAAAGAGACGGAGCUCUGGCAUUCAUUGGGCGACACGUGGUUAAUACCACGCGAUCAAUGGAAAGGUCACGUUCCCCCCUAUCACCCUAUCUUCAUGGAUGGUUGGUCCCCCGAGUAUCCAAUACCAGAAGACAGGGACCACGAUCAUCUUGCUUCGUUAUUGAACGCUGACAAGCAGAAGAGGGACGAGCUCCCUGAACAACAGAACGAUUCGUACUAUAAUCAUCGAGAAGUUGACGAAUCUCAUUACAGCAGCGAUUAUUUGGAGUACGAGAGCAGAGAAGAGCGUGCCGGCAACGAAUAUUUUGAUAGAAAUUACGGCACCGGUUCAGAGUUGUACGGCAGAGAAGAAAGAGUGGUCGAUCAAACGAGAGCGCAUAGCGACAUAUCCGUUGAUUCCAUCGAAAGAACGCCGAGAACUGCCGGUAUGGAAAGGGCCCAGGAAGCUUGGUUGGACGAUUUAGUUGCUAGACACGCGAAAAUCGUACAAGUUACUUAUCCGAGGACGGCAAACAACGAUAAAGAAUUGACAGUUGUUAGAGGUGAAUACCUAGAGAUUCUCGAUGAUAGCAGGAAAUGGUGGAAGGCAAGAAAUUCCAGAGGCCAGGUUGCGCAUGUGCCACACACCAUUGUCACACCUCACAAUCCUUCCCAUUCUAACGACAACGAUGUUUUCAACAAUCCUUUGUACACGAGUCGAUAUCCGAGGCAGGGGCACAGCUAUAAUUACGAGGAUUCUGAAAUCGAAAGGACCAGCACAAGUCCAGGACCUGAAGCCACUCAUCGAACGCAUGCGAUUCCACCUCCCGCACCUGCAGAUUGGGUGAGAAAAGAAAGACUUGGGAAAAAAGAUGAAUCUAACGAAGAAACGACGUCUAUCGGUAGUAACAAAGUAACGUUUAAAUCUAACAUCAAUGAAAAAACAUCGUCCAUCAAUGAAGAUCAGAAAUCAAAAUCCAAUGAAGUGACGGAGGUGGUUGAAAUUCACGCACCACCUCCGGACGUACGUGAAGAAAUCGCGAAGGAAAUGUCAUCAUUAGCAUCAACAAUUGCUCCACCACCACCUCCACCGCCUCCUCUAGAGAAUCAGAUAUCUGUUUCUUCGAAUAAUUCAUGCAAAUCAGUUACAUUGAAGAGUAAUCAUACAAUUGGUGGGGUGAAAACCGAGAAAAAAGUGCAAGAGGAACUGAAACAAGUAUUAAUGAUAUUUCGUGAGAAGAAAGAGUAUUAUGGCACGAGUAUAGAUCGUGAGCCUGUCUUGGAUCAAUAUUCCACUCCUAGAGAAGUGCAAAACUGGCUUACAUUUAAAGGAUAUUCAGAAAAAAUUUGUAAACAAUUAAGAGACAUGGCUGGUUCAGAAAUAUUUAAUUUAACAGAAAGACAAUUGGAACAAUAUUUUGGUAUCGCGGAAGGUGCCAAACUUUUCAGUCAAAUUUUAUUAGCACGAAAUGAAAACAAGACGAAGAGUUCUCGAACAUCGGAAUUGAAACAAAUAUUAGAAAAAGCUAGACACAAGGUUGAGGAACAAUGAAGCAUUUUCUAUCAAAUACUCUAUAAAUAUAUAAUAAGAAUUAUACAUAUCUUUCAAGUGUAUGUAGUAACAAACAUAUACAUCAAGGAAUUUAAUAUCAAAUUGCAUUUAUUAUCGAAUAAUAAUCAUAUUACUAUUUUCCUUUAUGAAACUCUGUGAUUAGUUUGUAAAUUAAAAGCAAUAUAUUUAACAGUAUAUCUACAGAUAAAUAUAUUUACAAACUAAAUACUUAAAUGAGAUUUUUCAAUUAUUACUUUUUUUAAAUAAUAUAUUAUAUAUAUAUAUAUUUUUGUUAAUAGCAAUAAGAGAAUGCGUUUAAGAAUUUUAAAUAUUGUGAAAAAUACUUAUUACAUUAAAUAACGAAGUGAUAUUUCCAUAAAAGUCAUUAAUAGAAAGUCAAAAAUAUUCGUUUAAUAUUGAUGUCAAAUUUUUAUUGAAGCGAUCACAUACAUUGUAACAGACAUAAAUAGGUACUCUAGCUGUAUCAUUUAUUAUAUUGAUAAACUAUACAUUUCUUUCGAAUACUCGACUCGAAGUCACACAAUGUGAACACAUUGAUAAUUAUAUUUUUAUAGAGAUAAAUCUGUUGUAAAGCCCUUGCAUAUUUAUCGUUUAAAUAAUUCUUAUACAAAACUUUUAUAUUGGCAAAUGGAAUACAACGAUACACGUACUGAAUGCCGUAAUAUAAAACCUUUAAUACAACGAAUGUAACAUGCACAAUAACAAUGUUAAGUCUUAAUAAAUGUUAAUAAUCUAAAAAUUGUAAAAA